UGGUCGUAUUUUAGAAUCUGUCACAAUCGCACGGGGCUACAAAGGCGCAAUUGGUAGAAUACAAGCGACUGCUGAAUGACAGUUUUAAUGAUCUAAAGAGUCUAAUGCAAGAUCACGAGUUACUGGUGGCAGAAGUGGAAAGAUUGGGUGGGAAGGUAAAUAACAACGACAACCGCACAGCUGAGGCUUUUAGGAAGAUGGCUAGGCUGGAGCUGUUAAUGCAGCAAAAUUUUUCCAGUAUCAGACACAGUUUAAAUGACGCGAUUGAACGCAGUAGGCAUCGACUGGAUCUUCUUGAAGCAAAGCUGGACCAGAGUAAAACGGACUUGCAGCAGGACAUGUCCAGCAAGAUAAGUGCUCUGCAGGGAGAUUUAAGCCAAAGUAAAGCUGAUGUUGCGUCCAUUAAAAGUGGCAUCAGAGUAAGUCACAUCUGUUGAUUUCUAAUCGACAAA